AUGGCGCGUUACGACUUCUCCGACUUGUAUGAUAAUAAGACCGACAAACUGCUGCCUUGUGAAGGCUGCAAACUGGUCCACUACUGCGGCGCUGCUCAUCAGAAAGAGCAUCAGGUCGAGCACAAGAAGGCCUGUGACGCCAUCAAUAAGAGCCGACAAGUUUUCCAGAACGAGGAGGCAGAAAUUCUAGCACCGGAUAAUGACAGUUACUUUGAUGUCUUUUGUGGCUUUCGGACACAAGCAUACAUUAGAGCACGAAAUGCCGUUGCCGACGCCCUACUCAAGAUCAACACGAGUUAUGCCGUCGAAGCAGCCCUUGAGCACCUGCAGGAGAUGUCACGUCUCUGCCCAGGAGUCAACCUAGGCCAGCGAGAUAUUAUCCCAUUUCUGCUGCUUCGACUCGACCGAGAGCAAGAGUGCUACGACUUCAUCAAGUGGUGGACCAUAAUUGACGACAAAGAGCACUACUACCACAGCCACUACAAUUCUCUCCCUCUAUCGUCUCUGUACCUGCAUGUUCAUGACUCGGAUGUGUUUGAGUCCAUCGACGUGUUUCAUGCGUCCCCGAACCUCAGCCACCUUGUUGCUCUUACCCUGCUCAAGACGCGCCUCUAUCUCGAUUUUGAGGCACACAAUGAUCCCGAUAUAGCGGAAUGGACGCCCGGUCCGGACCGGCCCAUCGGACGACUUGCACGGGCAAGGCUAAGAACCAUGCACCCCACCGAUGUCUCAAUCACGGCCAGGAAACUCAGGGCCCAAUGCCAGCAACUUUCUUACAAGUUAUAUGCCGCGAAUCCGUACAUCUGGAAGGGCCUCCUCAUGGAAGAAACCCCUGCCCUGCCCUCCAUAUAUAGCUUGAGCCAUGGGUCUCAGGAAGAGGCCGACCUCAUACUCUACCAGAGCAAACGUGCCUGGGAUGAAUCCGAAGAUGCUGCUCUUGUAGCUCUUGUGGUCAAGUUGGAGGCCCCCACAUUCAUCCAUGGUCUUCCAGAUACGUUUAAAGGCGUCGUCAGCAACGCACGCACUGAUCACGACAAUAAAAGGCCCCAGAGGUUCGAGCGAAGAAAGGGCACGAGGAACGUGUUCCCAUCCAAGUUCCGGCCUCGAUUCCCGACCUUAUCUCCAGCUGAGCUUUUCCCUCUAACUAACGUGAGCCAUACACCGGCCAAGUGGUUCAUUUCUCGCUCCGAUCCAGACAAGGUGCUCGUAUACGUCGAUGGUGCUUGUUCCCAAAACGAGCAACAGAAACCCCGCGGCGGCUGGGCGGUCGUCUGCGGAGAAUUUGGAACGGGUAGUCAGCCUCACCAAUGUGUCGCAUCUGGCAGGCUCGAGGAGAAAGGCCCGUUCGGGGACGUCAGUGUGGCAACCAGCAAUCGAGCUGAACUGCGAGCGGUCAUCGCCGCGCUGCGUCUGUAUGACUGGGGGCGUAAGGGUUACAAGAGCAUUGUCAUUGCGACUGACUCAUCCUAUGUGGUCAAUGGCGCCACAGGCUGGGUCAAAGGCUGGGUACGGAAUGGGUGGAAGACGCGUACCGGCAAGAAUGUGAAGAACAAGGACCUGUGGGAUAUGUUAUUCGGUGAAGUGGAGAAAUGGAAAGACCAAGGGCAAAGCGUUGCAUUUUGGAAGAUCCCAAGGGAGCUCAAUCUGCGCGCCGAUGCCGCGGCAAAGCGGGCAGCAGCCGACGGGGCAGCCGAGGAGGAGUUCAAAGACGUCCUGCUCAGUCCUACUUAG